GGAAAAAAUACCCCCCUCUCUCUCUCUUUUUUUCUCUCUCGUUCAACACCAUCUACCCGAAAAAAACCCUAGUCUACAUAUGAUUUCAGCAGAACAACCACAAAUCUGCGUUUGUUAUUUCUUCAUCUUUAUACCCAAAUCAAUACCUGUAUACCGGAAAUCCAGAUCUAUAAACUUUUAACUUGAAGUUUUCCUAACCCUACAAAAUUGGUUUUGUUCCUUAUUUUGGAAACCAACACAAAAUCUGAUAGUUGCAAUCGAUUAUCAACUAACAGUUGGUUGUUUCAUCAGGGAAGAAGCUACGUAAUGUUACAAACAAGCAGCAAACAAAGUGAUCAUUCAGUAACUUCACGUCUCCAAGCUGUUCGACAAAAAGUCUCAAAAGAAACAGCAUUGACAUUUGGGGGUUAGACGUAAAUAAAGUUGUGGACGAAAAGGAUAGUCACACAGAUUCUGUGUUUGGUCUUGAUUCGAACAAGAAACUUAAACAAGCUUCAAAAUUUGGGUAGAUUGUAUCUGUUUCAUUUAAUAUUGGUCUUUCUAAUGUUUCUCAUCAGUUGAUCCACUUGCUUGUAAAAACUCUAAUAUAUGUUCUCUUAAACCACAUCUUAUUGUGCUGGUCUUCUAUUGGCUCAUGGUUUGUUGAAAAAACUUGAGAUGGAUACCGAGUAUGUGGGCAAUGUUGAGGCAAGUGGCGAUGACCACUCUGUUGAACCCGGUGAAAGCCGAAGGCCCUCUCGUGCUCUUCUUGAUGUCUGUCUUCUACGAACAACUACCAGAAACCUUAUCUUUGGUGCUCUUAAGGUACCUGCUGAAGAAAGAAUUAAAGCGGUUGAUCCAGGGGAUGCAAAAUUUGGUUCUGAAGAUAUAGUAAGAAAAAAACAAGGUCGUGGCAGGGGACGUUCUAGUACAGGCAGAGGUCGUGGUUCAAAAGCUAAUGAUCAAGUUCUUCCACAAGCUUCUCCUCUCACUUCUCCACCAUCAAAUGGUCAACCUGAGAAUGCAUUACAAAAGGUAUGUCAUAGGCAGAUAUUAACAUACAUCUUGAUGUGGGUAGUUAAAUUUUUACUACACUGUAUUCUUAGUAUGGUUUUGUUUUCUCAAAUAUUACUUGUUAAUGCUUAGUUUGUUAAAUAAUUCCUCUUGUUUCUUCUUUACAUUAAUAAGGGAACACAUUACAAUGGCUUAUGCUGCAAUAAGGGAACACAUUACAUUGGCUUAAGCUGCAAAAGGCUGACACAUGUGCUAGUUACUUAGUCCACUUGCAACUUAAUAACAAGUUUCAUAAUCUUUAGUGAGCACUUGCAGGACUCUAGUCUAAUGGUUCGUCAUCUUUAAUUCGCUACAGAAAAUGAUGAGUGCUGCUAAGCUGUUUUUCUUGGGAAUUAAUCUGUAAAAUUUCUUCAGGACCCUGCAUCUUGGUGCAGUUUGGCGCAAAGAGUCAUCCUUCAACCUAGACUUAAGUACCAUAGGGAAAUUUCCUUGUAAGACAAAAGAUAAAAUUUGACUUUCACUGUAAACCGU